AUGAGGGUUACGAUUGCUACGACCUACAUGCUGGCCACGCUGGCUGUGGCUCAAAGCCGCGAGUCUCUCCCUGACUGCUCUCUUUCCUGCCUCGACGAGUCUACGGCACUCAACAGCAAUUGCGCCGCCGACAACUUUGGAUGCAUCUGUAGUAACUUCAACGUUAUCCACGGAGCUGCGACGGGAUGCAUCAUGAGGGCGUGCGGCUCUGAAGUCGCCAUGGGUCAAUUCUUGCCAGCUAUUGUCAACAUUUGCAAGACAAUCGAUACGAGCGGGUUCGACGACACCAAGUACUUUCCAGAGCUAAAGCGCUCAGCAAGCAUCACCGUCUUUCCUCUUGAGUCACCAAGCAUCACCGUCUUCCCUCCGGAGCCGGAGAACACGGCCACGGCGCCCGCCACAAAAGACGCUCCUGACGCACAAUAUCGGGGCAAUGGCCACGAGAAGCUGACGCAGGCUGAUGACCCUGGCACCGCCAUUUUAGCAUAUCCCUACUCGCCGCCGCCACGCCGGGACUUUACGUCGCUAUCGAAAUACCCUGCCCACAACACUGAUGAGCCUACAAAAUAUGCGUAUUCCACGCUGUAUUGCAGCCGCGAGCCCGACUUACGCGAUCCUUAUUUUGAGACUACGCAGUCCAUCAUUUGGCGCAUACUGUGGUCCGAUUUUCGGUCCAAGUAUCCAAUCAUCGUGUUCGUGUGUCCCUUUAUCCCCGAACUCCUGAGGCGCAUAUUGCGAGGGCAGGGCGCAAUUGUGAAGACGAUACCGUUGCUCGACAAUAUCAUACCUGAUGAAGCUAUACCAACGAAACGAUGGAUAGACGUCCUAUCGAAACUCCACUUGUGGAGUCAGAUGGAAUGGAGGCGCCUGGUAUUCCUUGAUUCAGAUGCAUUUCCUGUUGCCAACAUCGAUGAGUUGUUUCGGCUGGCGCCAACGCAGAGAUGCAAGGAGGGUGAUCUUGACCUAGAGGAUAAAGCUGCGGUUGCCAAGGCAUCCGGCGACGAGAACAUGUGCAAUUACGUCUACGCAGGUGUCGCCCAGUUCUCGCCGGAGAAUAUCAACGCUGGCGUUUUGGUCUUGAAGCCGAAUCGGGACCUGCAUGCGAAGCUCCUCCGAGCCGCCAAGCAGACGGCUGACUAUAACUUUGAGGACAUGGAGCAGGGGAUCUUAAAGUCAAAGAAUGCCUUUGCAAUCGACGGGCCGUUUCCCGUCACCAGACUGCCGCCAGCAUGGAAUACCGUGCCAGAGUACUACUUGAAGUAUCUGAAGAGCGGCGAGGGAGAGAUUGGAGGCCCUGUCAAGAUUCUCCACGUCAAGAUGUGGAGUAGAUUCUGGGGACAAUGGAACAAUCUGACGCAGCUGAACGAUAUGUGGGAUUUAGAUUGGAUGAAAAUGAGUCGCUUCUAUGACUCGGCUCGCUUUGAGGACGCUAGGCGAACAGGCAUAUUCAGGGAACUAUGGGAGACAAGCGAGCACAUAAGAUAG